GGGAAAACAUUUUUUCUCUGUAGUUGUAUUGUUCAUGAAAAAUCAUUUUUCCAAAAUGUUUAAACUGCUAGUAUUUUCUUUAUUUUGUAUAUAUGGUUCUUAUAUUAAUUUGAUAGUAACGGCGACAUACGUUUCUGUAUUAAAUACUUUGGUGCAACAGCCAGGCUGGAGACAAUUUACAACGCCUGUUAAUACAUUUACAUACAAGGAAGAGAAUUUUUACGAUAGAAUAUGGCAAUUACAUUUGGUAUUAGGCGUAUACUAUGCUAUUGAUCUAAUAGUUCCAAUCCAAUUAUCGUUAUAUUUCUGGGAUUUCUGUCAAAAAAACUGCAAUGAUGAUUUGAAAAAUAUAUGCAUACAAAGUUUGGCUAAAAGUUAUCAAAUCUUUUACGAAGAAAUUAGUAGGAUGCAAAAAUCAUUAUUUUAUUUUUUUACAAUAAUUCAAUUACCCAUUGAAAUUGUAAAAGAUGCACUUUUUAAUAGAGUUCAUUUUAUUUUUAGUUUUUUGAGUGAGUUAGAAACAAUAAAAGGGCCUACAACACCAAACAGUUCUGAAAAAACUCUUGAAAUAGCGCUAGUAGCAAUUCGAUCAGCUUUUGAAUUUCAUACUCAAAAAGUUCAAUACUAUUGUAUAGAAAAUCCACCAAUAUCUCUCCUUAAAAUUCUGUCUAAAAAUAAUAUCCCAAUGGAAGAACAACUUAUACAAAUUCAAGAAGUAUAUGAUUCAAAUAUUAAUAAACUUAUUCAAAUUAACAAUACUUACGGUAUUGAGUAUGAUCUAAACACUCUUGCUAAAAUAAACAAUCUAAUACAGUUAUAUGGAAGGUAAACAUUAUAAAAAGUAAACUUUUAUCUAUAUUUGAAUAAAAAAUAAAACAUAAUAUAAUUUUUGAAUUAUUAAAAUUUGAAUGAUUAAUAAUAAUAUUGUAAUUA